AUGGACCUAGCCAAAGCAGGCGUCACAGCAGUCCAAGGGGCUCCCGAUAACGUGCACUUCAAACGCUUCUUUGGCACCCAGGGUGCGGCGGACACCACAGCCAUUCAGAAUACCAUGGCAAACAUGUACGACAACACGGCAAACACGGCCACAGAAACCAUAAAGAAGAUGGUUCUAGACCGUAAGGACUUCGGCGACCAUUGCGUCAAAGACGGCUGGUUUGCCUACACGGAUGCCCCGACUGGGAAAUUCCACAUAUGCCCCAAAGGCAUUGCUAUGAAGCAAAACUCGGAUGUUCAAUGCGAGGACUUCAAGCGAGACUGGAUCACCUUCACGGCUAGGACGCUACCUUUCGCGAUGCUACACGAGUUCACGCACUACGAUUCUGUGACCGACGACAGGAUUGGUCUGAUGGAGGACCACGCUCAAACUUCUUACGAUUGCUUCAUGCUUGACGAGGACGAAAAGCAAUCGAAUGCGCAGAAUUAUGCGUUCAAUGCCGCAGUAAGUUUCGCCUUCCAUUGA